GAGUUAUCUCCCUGGUUUGGCUUUUUCUUACUCAGAAACCUCAUCUAGCUCAGCAGUAUCAUAGUUUCGGCAUGGCUUCCAGCAAGAGCAGUGUUCAACAGAUCGAUCUUUAUCAGCUACCACUGCCCCAGCUGAAUCAGUUGUCGCAGCAGUUGGAGCAGGAGAUAGACUUUUUCACCAACUCUCUGAGUCAGUUAAAGAUGGCUCAAAGCAAAUUCGUCGAGUCUGAAGAAUGUUUAGGGAGAAUGAAUCGGGAAAGCGAAGACAGGGAAAUCCUUGUGCCACUCACCAGCUCAAUGUACGUUCCAGGUCAGCUUCAAGAUGUGGAUUCAGUUUUAGUUGAUGUUGGAACUGGUUAUUAUGUUGAAAUGUCACCUGUAAAAGCAAAGGAGUACUUUGAUAGAAAGGUGGAAUUCAUCACUAAACAAAUGGAGAAAAUUCAGCCUUUGUUGCAGGAGAAGUACAGAACAAAACAAGUGGUGAUGGAUGCACUUCAGGUCAAAGUGCAGCAUCAGUUGGGACUGCAGCAGCAGCCUCAGGGGGCAAGUGGAGCACAGUCCUGAUCUUCAGCCUGUACAGUCCUCUUCUAAUCUGUCAUGUUCUGACCUCUCAUGUCCAGGAAAACCAGCAGCUUUCUUUGUAUAGGCAUAGUUUGCUUUUUAAAAGUUAGAGAACAAUUUUUUUUAAUGGGGACUGUUUUGAUCCUUAGUGUUGGUUCCAAAAUAUUGGACUAAAUGUAAAAAGUAAUGAUCAGAAGGUGCACUGAUAUGAAACUCCCCUUGACAAACUUUGUGACCCCACCCCUCCCUUCUUUCAGUAUGGUAAACUUCUUUUCUUGUUGAUAAAUUUCGGUCCAAACAUUUGUGAGAACUUGUAUUUGGAACACGCUACAGCAGAACAGAAACAAUGCUCGUUUACUCUUAACAAAAAUGGUUAUUUUAAUUAAAGGAGAAAUAGAAAUCGGACGUUUAAAAUUUAAGCAUGAAAGAGUGAUCAAGCCUCAAUUUUCAAAAAUUAUUAUAACUUAUUAAACACCCGGUAGUAAAGUCAUGCUGGAAAUCCAUUAAAACAUGUACAGACCCAAGAAUUAUGUUUGGAGCACAUUGAACAUAGAAGUUUCUUGGCAGCCAUUUAGACUGUUAUGCCCACACCCCAGUUCUUCUUCCAGUGAUCAGACAGAUCAACAAACAUGCUGUGUGUGCCCUGUCUCCCUCUUGCCUACUUUGCCUAAAGUUGUGUAGUUUAUCAUUUCAGUCCUGUUUAUCCGUCACUCAUAUAUUGUACAGAACAUUUUGCGUCACCUUUGUAUGCAUUGUAAUGUACAUCUGUCAAUAAAUGUGCAAUGAGCAAGUGAAA